AUGUUCAGCUCGCCAACCCGGAACAAGGGCCUCCGAGGCCUCGAUGUCGCCAGCCUAUCGCCGUCGCCUUCGUUGGAGGACUCGCCUUCGCCAAAGCCCUCCCGCAAGCGCAAAUCCACAGCGCCAUCGAUAACGCUAUCGUCCCGAGCACCAGUCUUCCACGAUCCCUGGCUGUCGCCUCCACCACCACUUCCUCCCAGCCGCUUCCCCGAGUGGGUGCCCGGGGCUCCAAAGUCUAUGAGCUCUCUCUCGAGCCGCUUCAAGUGCCCGCAGACCACUGUCCCGCGCCCGGCUGCAGACUCUUCUGCGUCUGCCGCCAAAUCCCCGCUGCCCAUUACCGCCAGCGUUCAAAGGACCUUUAGGAAAAUUGCCAGCCUUGCCCAUCCCCGCCGGUCGGUUCCUGCACAUGCCUCGCCGACCUCGCGGACGUCGCGGAAGGCCCCAGAAUUCUACGGCCGGCGGCAUGAGCCGCACCGCGACGACAUUGUCGAGGGCACUCAGUCCUCGUGUGCCUCAGCAGCCCAUGCGAGCGUCCCUGUUGCUGCCGACCCUAUUGCCGACGUUGUCUCGGAGACCUAUCCGGCAGUUGAUCUGGCGCCACUGUUUCGGAAGGCUCAGGAGGGCGCCGGCGACGAGGACGACGAGAACGAGCCCAUCCUCUCGUAUCAGAGCGGCGCCAGCGGCGGCCCAACUCCAAAAUCACAUCGACGAACCAAGCGACGACUGGUCACCCCCAGCCGCUCACCCUUCCUGAGGCGGUCGGGGCCGCGGCCCUCGGCCUUUUCGGCCACGCCGCUUCAGUUUUGUUCCGAGCCCGACGAGCUGCCGCUUCCGAGCGCAACGAUUCCUCCAUCAAAAUAUGCAAGGUACUCCAAGCGCCUCACACUGGUGUCGACGCCAACGAAGCGCCGGCCGCCCACGGCAUGA